CAGCCGCAAAACUUCGUAUGUACACAGCACACACUGGCAUGCAACAAGCCGGUGGUGAACGUGCCCUGUGUAGAAUGACGGAAAAGGAGAGCAAUGAUCGGGUGGCUGCGCCUUGAAGGUGCAUGAGCUUUGACUCCGCUUCUGGCUUGCUUUAUGGCGCAGGUCUGGUCCUUGUGAGCGUGUCGCACUGGGCAACUGUAGCUGUGCGGCUGCGCACGGAUCUGCUGGCUACGUGCUUGCUGUCUGAGAGUCUGGAACUCUCAGGCAGUUCUACUUUGGACAGUUAGUGCAAGGCGUGUCCUGAGCUCAGAGCUCAGUAUUACGUAGGGAGG